AUGGUCCAGCAAUGGACGAGCGGCAGGACCCGUGCUCGGGGGAGUGGGCAGGAACCAGCUGGUCCUAGCCCCGUGGCGAGCGGGGGUCAUAGAGCCGAUGGCGACGUUGCUGAAGAACAUGAAGAGAGUGAGCCUGACCGUGAGAGACCACGGCCUGAGGCUUUGGAUAGUAGGAAUGAUGAUGAGCAGGGUGAGAGCGAGCACUGGGGCAGAUGGUCGCACGAGACUCCGGGGAGUUGGUGGGGCGACCGUCACUAUGGUGAUUGGUGGAGCUGGCAUUGGGAUGACUGGCGCCACGACUGGGAGCCGAGGCGAGAUGAGAAGGUGGCCCGGGUUGAAGAAACUACUUGGGCGUUGGAUGGUCGCUGGGUUGGAGGCAGUAGCACCCCAGCGGGUGAAUCAUGGCGGACCGGAGACGAUGGCGCUUCGGGCAAGCCGACGGAGAAGAUGGUGGUCCCUGAGUUCGAUGGCGAUGGUGGCGAAAAUGAGCUGGGCACCACCGCUCGCUCAUACUUGAGGAAGGUUGGGGCCUGGCUGCGGUGCACCAAGCUCCCCGAGCGCGAGCGUGGCUUGGCGCUCUGCACCCACCUCAAGGGCCGGGCUUGGGUCUUUGCGGAGGAGCUGGACUUGGAUCGACUUGGGGCCAAUGGAGGUGUUGAGUACUAUUUGGAGUGGGUCAGAAUCCGCUUCAUGGAGAUGGAAGUGAACAAAGUGGCAUCAGUCAUGACGGAGCUCUUCAAGAAGUGCCGCCGCAAGCCAGAGCAGGCGGUGAGGGACUUCAACAUGGAGUUUGAGCGCUUGUUGUUGCGCCUUGGAGAGCUGAACUGCGAAUUGCCAGCCCUUGUCAAAGCUUGGCUCUACCUCGACCGUCUCAAGUUGGGGGAGAGCGACGAGCUGGCACUCUUAGCAUCUGUGAACAACCAGUACGACCUUCGUUGCCUGCAGCAGGCAGCCAUCAUCCAUGAUCGGGGCGUCGCACGACGAUCGUGGGAACGCCCUGGCAAUGGGGGGCGUUGGAAGCAGCAAUCAGCGCAUGUGACGGCCGCUGGAGACGAUGCCUGGAGCGAUGAGCACGAUGGAGACGCUGGAGGUGCAUGGGACGACAAGGAAGAGUCCGAUGCGGAGCUGGUUGAGGAAGAGGUGGCAUCGGGACUGCAUAGUGCAUUCAUGGCUUUCCAGGAUGCGAAGUCUCGCUAUCGUGAGGCAAUGAAGGGCAGAGGCAUGGACCGGGAAGAGAUGAAGAAGAGGAGUGAAGAAAGAUUGCGCCUUGCGAAGGCGCGCAGCUACUGCUCAGCAUGCAAGCGAAAGGGGCAUUGGCACCGAGAUCCCGAAUGCCCUUUGAAAGGAACUUCGCGGAGCAGUGCCGCGGCUGAGGGUGCAAAGAGUGCGCAAAUGUGCACCCACCACGUGCAGAUGUGCUAUAUGACUGCCUAUGUGGACACUCCUGAAGAGACCUAUGGCGAGUGCGAGACCGUGGUCUUCAUGGCGGGCAAUGCUGGUGAUGGUGGCCAGCGUGUCGGGGGAGGUGAGAGACCCUGCGCGCUGGCCAUUGCAGACACAGCCUGCACGAAGACGGUGGCAGGACAUCAAUGGUAUGAAGACUAUUGUCGUUGGGCAGACGAUCGUGGCCUUCCCAUCGAGAUAGUCGAGGAGAAGGAUCAGUUCAAGUUUGGUGCAUCGAGAAUCCACCCUUCCAUGUUUGCACUUUGGGCCAUCUUCGGAGUGGGCGGCAAGUGGAUCCGCGUGAAGGUAGCCAUAGUCCAAUGUAGGGUCCCACUUUUGUUUAGCCGCACAGUUCUUGCAAAGCUUGGCAUGGUUUACCGUGUAGGAGCUCAAAGGGCAGAUUUGACACAUUUAGGGCUUUUUGAUUUAGAGAUGGCCGUGUCAGAAACUGGACACCCUGCUUUUGUGGUCACUGACAUUGGUGACAGGGCAAGCUACGGAUCUGAGUUCCGUUGGAGCAGCGAUCCGGAGGUCCAACUCUGUGACAGCUCUGUGGUCGAGCAAUACAUGGCUGAGCCGAUUCAUGCAGGGGGCGGGAGUGCACAAAGUUUUAGGCCAUUAUUUUUCCCAAAGAAGAUUUCAACGACUGUGAACAACAUGCUUCAAGAUCCUGAUCUUUCUCCUUCAUCCUUUUUCAUGUGGUGGAAGAGCGCGAACCAAAGCAGAGAUUUUUGGGUGGAGAACUCGAAUGAAAUGAUCAGAGUACAUGUGGUUCCCCGAAAAGAAGCAUUCAAUCCUUCAUUUUGGAAUACAACUUUGCAAGAUCUGAAAGGUCGUUUGUUGGACAUGAUUGGAAGCGAGAGAAUCACUGACCUCAUACCAUGUCAUUCAGAAGGUCUUCAACAUGUUCGGUUAGUCAGCGAUUGGAAUGCAGAACACAAUGAAUCGCACUUCAAGCAUGCUGGUGGACUAUGGAUUGGACGUAGCCGUUUUCAGAAACCAAGAUCAACUAGCUCUCCCCAACGUUGGCAGCCCAGGCUGCCAGACCAUGUCAGCGGUGCCGACUUCACCAUGGCGCAUGAACAAGGCGGAGUUGAUCCGCGAGCUGGAUGCAUUGCAGAUUCCCAUCCACCCAAGGUGGACUCUCCCAGAGCUCAGGCAGACGGUGAUCGAGCACCGCCAGCAGAGAACGGGGGAAGAGGAGACGGCAAUCAAGGGCUUGGGGCGCAUGACACUGGACGAGCUCAAGGCCAAGUGCGCGGAACACAGUUUGAAAGUGCCCACGAAAGCCACACGGGGGCUCCUCAUCAAGAUGCUGCGUCAUGCCUCGCAGCCGAGCGGGGACCAGGUGAUGAACUUCGGCAAGUACAAGUCAUGGAUGUACAAGGAGGUGCCUGUGGAAUACCUCCGCUGGGCAGUCAUGGAGUCGGAGGCGAACGACACGGCGGGGGACGACCUCUGCCACUUUGCCGCAUGGGCGAAGGGGGAGCUGGCGAAGCAAUCGACAUAUGCCCAGAGGUGCGGGGCGGUUCCCUACAACAUGGACCCGGAGGCCAAGGCGAUCACUCCAGUCCCGAAGGUAGUGGCAUCUUCCGCGCCAUGCAGCAGCUGGUCGCGGGUGUCUUCAAGGGGAACUCCGAAGAGGGCAUCGUCCGAGGCCGAAUCAGGGAUGUCGGCAAUGGAUGCGGAGUUGCCGGAGGAGGCACAAGCGGAACUGCUGAGGCUGGAGACCGAGAUCGCGUUGGUGAAGCAGAAGUACCGAGUGAGCGGCCGAUUGCCGCCAGCUUCGCCCGGGGACAUUCCCCGCGAGUGAAGGAAGGAAGAACACCAACCAGUGAGACUGUCGAGGGCAAGGUUUUUGUAGAGGGCAAGGACGUCGGGCUUGGCAAGCUAAAGUAUGACGACGCCCUUGAGUAUAAAGCGACAAUCGGGCUUGGUAAGCAUGUCGUUGAGAAUGCGGCGACAGUCGGGCUGGGCAUUGGUGGUGGAUCCGACAACUAUGAGGCUGCGAAUGACCUGGUGGAUGAUGACGGCGACAAGUGCGAUGAUGAGCCUGGCAGGGACUGGCGCGGGUAUGGCGCCCAGAUGCUGGGGAACAUCUUCAUGGCCGAUGCGGCUUGUGGUGACAGCGACAGUGGUGAUGCGGUGAGCCCCAAGGAGAGAGCUCGCAGGGGCGUGCAAAAGAGGAAGAUCAAUGCAUCCACAAGAAAGAAGCUGCAGCAUAUGGGACGGCAGCUUAGCUUGGUGUUGAUGGCCUGCGCUGGUGCAAUUGGUAGCUUUGCGGAGGAGGUCUUUGUGGAGCCGGUUCAAGAUUUGUGGAUGGCAACUGGUUUUGGCGGAGAGGGCAGAGUUCACUGCCUUGAGGUGUUUGCCGGCGAAGCGGAGAUCUCUGGCGCUUUUGCUGCUCAUGGCUUGGGGGUCCUGCGACCUCGAGACAUCAGGUACGGAGAUGAUCUGCGUGACCCUGAGGUGCGGACCGACAUCUUGGAGGAAGUACGGCAAAGAAGGCCAAAAGUGGUUUGGCUGGCCCCGCCGUGCACGGCGUGGUGCGCAUUUUCCAGGCUGAACCACACCAAGCAAGAGCGGCGGCGCAUCCGUCGCCGGGAGAAGGUCUUUCUGGAAUUCAUUGACGAGGUCUUCUUGAUCCAGCGCAUGAAUGGAGGGCAUGUCGUGGUUGAAAACCCAGCCACUUCUGACAUUUGGCUUCACCCCAUUUUGGCAAGGUGGGCUCGUGACAACCAGGUGGAGAGUUUUGUCCUCCACAUGUGCGCUUUUGGUCUGGAGUCGAUAGCUCACCCGGGCAUGGCCUUGAAGAAGAGCAUCAAGCUGAUAGCAACAGAUCCAAGUUUCAAACAAGUGCUUGAGAGGAGGUGCAAUCAACAACAUGAACAUGCCCGAGUACAGGGCAAAGAUACCAAAUGGUCAGGCGUUUAUCCGCCUGGGUUUGCUGAGGCGGUGGUUGAGGCAGCCAAGAACGCUGGAGCUCACCAAGUUUUGGUGGCUGACGACGGAACAGGCCGAGAUGUGGAGAUGGAAGCCAUACCCGAAGAAGCCAGUGGCAGCAGGGGGGCAAGCGACAUCACCUUCAAGGGGACGGUUUCUGGCAAGGUGGCUGGGGCUCUGAGGAGGAUGCAUCAGAAUCUUGGGCAUCCUUCGAAUCGUGACAUGGUGAAGCAUCUCACCCUUGGGGGAGCUCCGAAGGAGAUGGUGGCGGCUGCUCACAACCUCCACUGCAAGACCUGUACGAGAUGCAAGCGCCCGCCGGCGCACCGUGUCACAAAGCCGGCCACUCUGCUAGACUUCAAUGAGGCGGUUGCCCUGGACAUCAUCUACAUAGAUACUGUGGAGUCCAAGGGCAACUUGGCUCUCAACAUGGUGGAUGUGGCAUCGUCAUAUCAGGUUGUCAUACCCAUCGAAAGUCGGCAUGCUCAUGUGGUCUCCGAAGCCUUCUACAAGCACUGGGUAGCUUGGGCAGGGGUUCCUGCCAAGAUUGUCCUCGACUUGGACACAUCAUUCCGGGACAGCUUCUGGGAGAUCACAUCGGGCGACAGUAUCUGCAUGAGGAGUGCCGCCGGUCAGGCACACUGGCAGAAUGGGGUGGCAGAACGAUACAAUGGAGCAUGGAAAGAUGUGUGGGAUCGUGUUUGCCUGGAGUGUAGCGUCACCGACCAAGACAUGUUUGACGCCGCAGCCGCGGUCAAUGAAGCCCGCAACACAUUGAGGAACCGGUCUGGUUUCUCGCCAAGGCAAUGGGUCUUUGGAAGCAAUGGAAGAUUGGUCCCAGAUCCCGAAGAUGGCGCUGAACAAUUGAGCGCGCUCAGCAACAUCACGGCAGAUGAGAAGAUGGCGCGCAAACAAACCCUCAGAGUGGCAGCGCGCAUGGCCUUCUUCCAAGGCCACUCUGUAGAUGCAGUGCGGAAAGCCUUGGCUCAUCGGCCUCGGGUGCAACCUAAGGAGUUCAAGCCUGGCGACAUGGUCUAUGUCUACCGCGAGAACAAGAGCAAAGGGAAACGAGUGUCUUCCAAAUGGCUUGGCCCUGCCACUGUGAUCGGCCCAGAAGGUUCCAACUACUGGGUGGCUCGUGGUGGUCGUUGUCUUCUGGCGGCCGGCGAACAUCUUCGCAUGGCAGAACAUGAAGAAGUCAGCGAGGCGUUGCGGAUCAAGGCAGCGCUCCAUGAGGUGAAGAAAGCGCUGGAUGCUGACUUCGAGGAGGCAGCAGAUGACAUGGCUGUGGGUGACAUGGAGGUGGACGAAGAUAUGAGCUUCGAAGCACUUUUGGAUGAGGCGGUGAUGGACACUGAGCCACCACCACAAGCCGGGCGGGCUAGCGCCCGAGAUGAGGAGCGAGCGCAUCGAGCUCAAGAGGCAGAAGCGCGUUUUGAACGGCUGGCCAAGCAGUCCAGGAUUUUGGACGAUGUUCCAGUGUCCAUCAGAAAGCAUCUCCGAACGCAUGAACCUGGUGAACCUCGCGGCGGGGGGUCAGCGAAUGUGACAAAUGCGACCAGUUCCAAUUUUUUCACUAAACGCAUUGGAAGCCCUGAAGCUUUGGAGAAGGCAUUGGAGAAGGAGAUCCCAUGGCACAUGAUAUCAGCGGAGGAGAAGGACUUGUUCAGAGCUGCGGAACAAAAGCAAUGGGAUGAACAUCUACAGUAUGGAGCAGUUCGCCCGCUCUCAUUGGAGGAGAGCGCCAGAGUGGAGGUGGAGGUCGGGAAGGAAAGAAUUUUACCCUCUCGAUUCCUUUACCGGGACAAGAACCUGGCCAAGAGGAGAUCAGAUCCCAAUGUUGAGUGCAAAGCCAAAGCAAGGCUGUGCGUGGGAGGACAACGGGACCCCGAUUUGGGGACAACAGAGAUGGCUGUCGAUGCGCCAACAGCAAAUCGACACUCCAUUCUCCUAUGUUUGCUUUUGGCCUUGUCAUGGAGUUGGCGGGUGUCUAUCGGUGACAUCAGGGCUGCCUUCCUUAAUGGGGUGGAGGCACCUCGCAAGCUCUACUUCAAGCAGCCGGUACGAGGGCUACCAGGACUGAUGCCUGGACAACUGGUGGAGAUUGUGAAGGGGGUCUUUGGGCUUUCAACAUCUCCCAAACUAUGGUGGAUUAAACUCUCAACCGAGUUGCUGCAGAUCAAGAUCCCCUAUGGCAAGGAGGAAGUUUAUGUGGAGCAGAACGAGAUAGACCCCUGCGUGUUCUUACUCAAAGGACAUGGCGGCAGGGUGGUUGGCGCCAUUUUGACACAUGUGGAUGAUCUCAUGAUCAUGACAGAGCCUGCUCUACACCAAGAACUGCAAGCCGAGAUCAGCAAGCGCUUCCCCGUCGAUGACUGGGAAACAGAUGCCUUUGAGUAUGUGGGGUGUCAGUAUGAGAUUGGCCCAGAAGAGAUCAAGAUCUCUCAAGAGAACUAUGCACAGAGCCGACUGGAGAAGGUGCGCAUCCCUGGGGGGCUGAAUGACAAUGACCCAGCUCCUGAGGAUAUGAUCCAACAGAAUCGCACGACGGUCGGCUGUUUGUCUUGGCUGGCGAAACAGACUCGGCCAGACAUUCAAUUCAUGGUAGCACAGGCUCAACGUCUCCAAGCAAAUCCUACGGUUGGUGACGUGAAGAACACCAACAAGAUUGUGGACAUGGCCAAGCGCUUCAAGGACGAAGGCAUAAAGCUCAAGAAGAUUGAUGUGAAUGACAUGAUAAUCCUUGCCUUCCACGAUGCGGCUUGGGCGAAUGUGGAUUUGGAGGAAGAGAUUGACCCAGUUUGGGAUGGAGACACCAAGCUUUCGUCACAGCUUGCUUGUCUGAUCAUGGUAGCCGACAGAAAAGUCUUGGAGAACAAAGAGGGCAACGCCUCAUUUGUGGAUUGGCGUAGCCGAGCGAGCUCAAGAGUCUGCAGAUCUACGUUUGCGGGCGAGACUAUGGCAUGUGGUGAGGCGAUGGAAGCUGCGCUGUAUCUACGGUGCCUCUUGCUCUCAUUCCAACAAGGUCGCCUAGUUCCAGAAGCAGAAGCUGGCGAAUUCCAAGAGAUGCACCUGUGUACUGAUUGCAAGAGUCUCUACGACCAUCUACACCGAGAAGGAGUACCAAAAGCUCCGACAGAGCGGCGCCUCGCCAUUGAUUUGGCGGCUAUCAGGCAGUCCCUCAAGACUGAAGCAAUCCAUCAGUGGAAGCGACUGUAUGGAAUCGGGGCUGUGCGCCCUGACAAACCAUGUAAGCCACCACUGCAUUGGGUGCCCACGGAAGAACAAUUAGCCGACGUUCUCACGAAAAAGAUGAAUCCGGCUCAGUGGUGGAGCGCAGUGAGAGACGGUAGGCACAAGGCAGCUUUUGACUUUCAGGUAGAAAAGGUGGGCACAUGGCAUUUGCAGUGCUGUGACUUCGACAGAGCCGAUUUGGGGUGGCCGGGUAUCCCCAAUGACUUCCCGGAAACUGGAGAGGACGGUGCUGGGCUGCUGGUGGCAUCCCUGGCUUUGUUGGCGCAAGGCAGCUUGCCGGCGGCCUUGGAGAAGGCCCAGGCCGCAGCGGAGGCCCUGAAGGGAAACAAGGACGGAGAAGCCUCAGCGCUGUUGGCUGUAGCGUUAAGUACGGCGGAGCCAAAGGUCGCCUUAGGCCACGCCAUGUCGGCCCUCGCUAGCUUUAAGGAGGCUGGUGACAAGCAGAUGGAAGCCUCAAGUCUCACGACCAUUGCCAAUCUGCGCUUGUCGCUGAAGGAGCUCAGUGUGGCGGAGGCUGCGGUGAAAGAUGCGCUGCGCAUCUUUCGCGAGAUUGGGGACCUGGAAGGUGAACAAGCCGCCGAGGCUACCUACCUGGACAUUGCGAGUGCCAGGGAGGGUGCGGGCAAUGCCGUGGCCGUGGUCUGCCGGGACCGCGCCGCGUACUUCAAGAGCACGGGCAACAAGUUGGGUGAGGGUCAGGCGUUACGUCAACUGGCCGAACAGCUCUUGGGUGCUGAUGGAAAGGAGGCCGUCGAGUGUUCCACAGAAGCUCGGAAAUUGCUGCAGCAGGCUGGCGACAAAAAGGGCGAAGUAUCAGCACUGCACACUGUCGCCUUGGCAGAAGGCGACGAAACGAAGUUGGAGGAGGCCUUGAAGAUCAGCCAAUCCCUGGGAGAUGAAAGCAGCCAGGUUGACCUCUUGGUUUCUCUAAGCGCGCUGAAGCUGCAGAAGGGUGACGCCGCAGCCGCCAAGAGCCGGGCCGGGGAGGCUCAAACAUUAGCCAAAAAGCUCUCCGACACGUCGGGUGCGGGUCGCGCCAGCCACGCUUGCGCUAGCGCUUGCUUGGUGCUGGGACAAGCCAAGGAGGCCCUACAGAUGUCCAAGGAGGCCGCAGACUUGCUCAGCAGCGACCCUGCAGCUCGCGGCCUCGCGCUCUGCACGGCUGCGGCAGCAGCGGAUGCGGCGGAGGCAUGCGAGCUCCUCCGACAGGCCGUGCCCUUCUUUGGGGCCGCCAAGGAUGCGCGGGGCGAGGCAACGGCCAAGCUGCAACUGGCCGCUGCGCUGUUGAGCUACGAAGGACCAUUGGUGGAGGUUUUCAAGAAUCGGCAAGAAGCAGCAGGGGUAGCAGAGCAGGCGCGCUGUGCCUUCUUGGUCCUUGGAGAUAAGAGGAGCCAGGCGAAAGCUUCCAACGUGGCCGCCCAAAGCAAGAUCCUCUUGGACGACUUGGAAGGAGGCCUUGAGACGGCCAUGCAGGGCGUCGUCUUGGCGCGCUCCUGCGGCGACAAAGUCCUGGAAGCGUUCUCUCUGCGUACGGCCCUGGCGGGACAGGUAUCCAUGGGCUCUAGUGCCGAGGCUCUGCGCUUGGCCAAGGAGGUGAAGAUCCUGUUCCACAAAUUGGGGAAAAAGGAAAUCGAAGAAUCCUUGGAUUCCUUGAUCUUACAGCUGGAGGAGGAGCUUCCAAGAAUCACUGCCAUUCCACGCCGAACCAUCUUGUCGAAAGAUACCAAGAUCAACCUGCAGAGCAAUUUGCUCUUCUCCUCUGCCACCAACUGCAUUGCCACUUUGGCCGGAGUGCGGAUCAAAAUGCUUGUUGCAGCACUUGCCGAAUUCAAAAUCAACAUCUUGCACUUGCACCUGACAGAUACUGCGUCAUGGCCGCUUGAGAUUGAAGGCUACCCUGAGGUUGCGCAAAAGCUGAGCUACCGCGAUAUCAACGGUAAGGCUCUGACAUACUCACGUGGUGACAUCAGAGAAUUGGUAGAGUUUGCACGCCUGCGUGGCGUCUCCAUCCUGCCCGAGAUUGAUGGUCCAAUGCAUGCGCCGGCGCUGGCGGCUGCUUUGAAUCUCACAGUGGCGGCUACGGUGAAGUUUUCGUUGCCAAAGUUUGCAUAUGAACCGCCGCCCGGCACUUGGAACAUCUCCAGCUCAAAUACCCUGGCCUUUGUCAGAACAGCUCUCACACAGGUUGAAGAGGAUUUCACCACGGCACCCUUUCUGCACGUGGGCGGCGAUGAGCCCACAGCGGCCUCGCUGUGUGCGUUGCUGGAGCAGCCUCUGCGUCAGCAAUGCUGGGAACAGUGUAGCUCCACCUCCGCGCACGGCUGUGCUGCUGUGCCAAAGAAGCCGAAGGGGAGCAACAUCACGUGGUGGUUCCCGGAGUAUCUCAACCAGAAAGUGCAGGACUACUUUGAUGGUGUCAUUCCGUCUCCUGCGAAGAUUCCCCGGGCAGCUUGGUCAGGAGCUGUAACGGAUAUGGCCGUGCAACUGCCACCCACCAAGUUAAAAGAAAAGUCGGUGCUGCAGCUCUGGACGUUUCCCUCAUCAGAUUCGACCUCACCAGCGAUUUCAGAAGAGGAUUGCAACAAGUAUGAUCUGAUCCAAAGUGCCGCAACAUACCCACAGGACAACUCCAACUAUGGCUGGCUGUACAUGGAUUGUGGAUCAGGAGCCAAUUGGAUUUCCAUGGGUCCUGACUAUUGGUGCGCCCGUGCUUCGUGGGCAGCAUUAUAUUCGCUCAACUCCACUCAAGGAUAUGGUUCUGCACUGAAGACGCACCGCUGUCAGAAAGCUUUCCUCGGAGCCGAGAUGGCACUUUGGCUGGAUGGCCACUUUUGGUAGCUCCGAGAUUUCGCCCAUUUACCCCCCAAUAUGCUGAUCGGCGAGGUCGGAGAUUGGAGGGAUGGGCAACGGGAUGGCCUUGAUCUUCCCCCGCGCUGCAGCCUUUGCAGAGCGGAUGUGGAGCAACCCAGCCGCUUUGAGAGUGGAGGACAUGACUGGUGGCACACCACCAGGGCACUACUGGCAGAGCCAUUUGAAGGAUGCCCUAAGCAGGUUGAAUGAGGUAGUGGCCAACUUUGAUCUGCUCCACCUGGGUGUAUCUCACUUGCAGCCGGAGUUCUGCCGCGUGCAUCCUGAGUAUUGCAACGAGUACACCAGUGGCAUCUAUGAGGCUUGAGAACUGGACAGUGAUGGCCCCCACAUUUGUAGCACAUUGUGGUGUAGCCAAGUGCCCACAAGAGGCAGAGUUGGAGAAAACAAUGACGGCGGAUGGCCUUACUUGGAACCCAAAGGAGUCCCAUUGCACUGCAAUUGAUCAGCUGGUGUUUUCUCGGGUUGUAUUGGUUCUAGAGGCAACCAAAUUCUCACCUGUUUAGCUCAAACAAUGUCUUGGUCUUGGAAGUUCUUCCAAUGUAUGCGUGCGCGCAAAAUGAGAG